AUGAAUGAAUCACCCAACGAUCCUUUUACCCAGGAAGUCCAACGACUGAGGGCUGAUUAUGAGGGAAAAGUAGCGCGGUCUGACUUGGGUUCUGGUGGUAGCCGACGGUUAAUCGACCUCAGUUUAGGAUUGAUUGACGGUGUGUUCUGCUACACGUAUUGGUACGAGCACCAAUGCAUCCGGCUGGCUGAUAUUCCCGGCACUAUCUCUGGCGACAUUCUCCGCCUACAACGAAAUCUGCCCGACUCAGUUGAUAUCGGUGAUUAUGAAAUCAUUGGUGACCAAUUACGCCCCCUUGUGAAUCCGCCACCGCUUCUAGAGCUAGAUGAUGACUCCGAAGAACUUGAGACCAUUCUUGCCGCACUCCCAAUUGUUGAAGUCGAUUCUAGCAAACACUUUGUUAAGAGCGGGAAAUAUAAGAGUGAAAUCAGCAAUCUACUCGGAUGCCAAGGCGGAUCUUGUCCAGGGGCCUCAAAAUCAUCCCACAUCAUCCAAUUACUGGGAAAGUCGCUAGAAGGGAAACUGGUUUUCCAAAGAUUCAAGCCACGAUAUGUCUUAGGAUACAUUUAUCCCCUCGCUACAUAUAAAGACUGGCUUUUGCAGAUAAUCUCCGGAAUGAAGACACUUCAUUCCCUUGGAAUUAUACAUCGUGACCUUCGCAUCGACAACAUUGUCUUCUCCUUUGACAUAUCCCGUGUGCUUAUCUGUGAUCUCGAGGGUCGUUGGGGAAACCGUCUAGCGCCUGAGGUUUCUCGCGAGCCGGUGUUGGACGCUGGCUGGACUGAAAAAUCGGAUAUCUAUGACCUUGGUUAUCUUAUAAAAGGUAUGGUAUACGGAAAUGUACCGAUAACAAUGGCGGUGGAAUGGUCUGUUCCCCGUCCUCUUGCUGCUAUUGUGGAAGCUUGUACGCGCAAUAAUCCCGAAGAGCGCCCCAGUUUGGAUGAUCUAUACGCUAUGGUUGAGAAGAUCGAGAUCAUUACUUAA